ACCAGUUCAGUCCAUUGGAUGGCAGUAGCUUACCGUGUUUGGACCAGUCCAAGCCGCUCACCGGAGCCUAAAGAAGAAGGAGGAGCGCUGUCAUGGCGGCCAAGGUGGUGAUGGUGGCCGUCCCGACGGUGCUGGGCAUAGCCUCCAUCCGAGUGUACACCGUGAGCGAAGUGUCCACUGAUGGGCUGAUAACUCGAGAAAAGCUGAACAUCUACAACCCGCUGCCACCCUCUACUCAGGUUCACUUUGUGCCAGAUAGACCUGGUGUUAUUGAGAGUGGCUUAACUACAGUGAGAGAGAGCAUACUACCCUUUGUCCAGGCUGUAAAGGGAGCCUGUGUCUCUGUGAAAAGGGGAAGUGUAAAUCUAUACCAUGCUGGAGAGGAUGUGUUCUAUUACUUGAAAGACCCUCCCCCAGGUUUCCUACCCAGAUUUGGCACCAUUACCAUGGCUGGCCUGCUUGGCAUGUUCCUGGCACGGAAAGGCUCUCGUUUCAAGAGGUUAGCAGUUCCACUGGGCCUGAUGAGUGCAGGAGCAUCAGUGUGCUACCCGGCUCAAGCAGUGGCCGUGUUUAAGGUGACGGGCAAGAAGGUGUAUGCUGCAGGGCAGUGGAGCAGCGCUGCCGUCUCUUCACUGCUCACCUCCAAGUCCCAGCAGCCUGUUGCCAAAGAGAUUGUUGCUUCACAACCACAGACGGCUACAGUGCCAAAUCCAGAGCCUGCAGUAGUUGAGGAGGCUCAGUCUGCCCCCUGCCAUGCCUCAGAGCCCAGCUCCACCACAGACAGCUCAGCCCAGAGCACUGCAGUCUCUGAGACUGAGGUGGAAUCAGUUGAGCCUGUUCCAGUCUCUGAUGAGCCCAUUGUCACUGUCAUAACAGAGGACGCGUCACCAGUAACACUCACAGAGAUAUGCCCUGACCAGGCCCCUACAGAGACCAACACAGAUCUUGCGGUACAAUCAGUGUCAGCAGAAACUACUCCUCCCUCCGAGGAACUGCCUGCCCCAGUUGAAAGUCAGGAGCCCUCAGCCUUAAAACCAGUAUCAGAUGAUGUCUCCACUGAAGCCAGCGCAGCUGAGCCCACACCGAGCUUAGAACCAGAGACUGUAGACCCUGCUCCGGUUGAGCCUGCUCCGGCUGAGGCCGCUCCUUCCACAGAGGAACCCGCUGCUCCAAAGACCUCAGAAGAGCCAGCAGCCGAGCCUGAACCUGCUGCUGAACCUGAGCCUGCUGCUGCUGUAGAGGAGACACCAACCCCGACACACACACCACCACCUCCUGAACAGCCUGCAGCAGAAAACAACAAAGGGGGCUCUGGUUUCAAGCCAGACCCAGCUCUCAUGGACUUUGGUCAGUCCAACCCAGAGGAUGAAGACCUGUACAGCACACGCAGCUGAGAGACCACAACGGGCCUCAGGAGAAAGCUCAUUCCCACACUGCCAUCACAUCGUAUCUCAUACAGAUUGACAAACACUCUGUAUAUCCUGCAAGUGUGAUCAUGCAGGCAAGAAGGCAUAGUUAAGAAGUCUUUCAUCAACAUUUCCGUUCUCAUUUCUUCUGCCCACAUCAUUUAUAUUUGCAAGGUCCAAGAACAGUUACAAGAUAGCGAGAAUGCAGUGAAUUCCAGUACGCAGAACUAGGUUAGUUUGCGUAAAAGAACAGAAGCGUGAAAAAUAAAUACACCCACAACUGUCGACAAGUCUUUUAAUUCACAGGUGGCAGAUUGUGUCAUUUUCAUCUUGUCUGUGUCGUUUAACAGAUACUGGCUUUUGUGCUGCGGUUGUCAUCGUCAUGAAUGCAUGGUGCUUUUAUUUAUUGUAAUUUAGCCCACUGCGUUGAUAAGCAGAAAAUAUUACACGUGCUAAUAAUCAUCACAAGAUGGACUAGUGCUGUUUCAUUUUGUUACAUCAAAAAUUGUCUUCCCUUGUUGAUUUAAGAACCUUAAUAAAUCUAUAUUUUUCAUGAA